CGAAGACGCCCCGCACUCUUCGAAAGAAUACGUACUCGACUACGGUAACUUGUACGAUAAAAAAAUAGAGUAUUAGCGUCUUAUCUGGGGUAACAGUGAGUCACGUAGUAAGAUAUCUUGCCUGCGCGCCAAAAUGGCGAAGGCAUCAGUUGUUUGCUGCACUGUUCAGUUGGGAAUCGUCAUUUACAAAAUAAGUUGAUGUGGUUUAUCGAACAAAGCAAGCUUCUCUAGUGGGUUAACUGUGGGCAUUGAUUGCUGCCGAUUUAUUACUGCAAUUAAGGUAUAAAUAGAUUCGCUCUGCUCCUUAUCUUCUCCGUAAGAGAAUAAUGUCGAAAAAGAAAGCCGGAGACGCCACAUCCGAUGUGGACAGCGACAAAGAGUGCCCGGACGCUUUUACUGAGUGUGUAGCGGGAUCUGCAGGAAAAGACCACGUCGUCAUUGUAUACGAGGAGGACAAGAUGGCUCGCUUGUUACUGCCCAGAGAGGUUGGACGGGAUGGGAUGCUCAGGCCAAGGAAGACGGAUGAAAUUGUCGCCGAGUAUGUGGGGAAAAAGAAGCUUUUUCCGGGCAUGUUACUCCGUGCAAAGUGGGAUAAUCGUAAACGGUUCCGGCAGUGCAAGGCGACGGUUAUGUGCGUUUCGGACGAUCCGGAAGAAGCCGCUACAGCGUUCCGCCUGUAUGAUGAGCAGCACCGAGCAGCGCUUCGCAAUAACAACGGCGCAAAUUCUCAAAAUGGAAAGCCGACGGCAGAGAGUGGGAAGAGCGUGACUCCAAGCACACCAAUUCACGAAAGAAAUGACCGGAAGUCACCUGAACCACCCAUUUCGCGCAGCGUUUCCUUGGAAGCUGGACAACAGGAGAACAAUCCAGCAGUCGACGCAGAGCAUGUGCCUGUGGAUCAGCAUCCGGACGACUUAUCUGGCGCCAAUUCAGCGGCGCCAAUCGCGGAAAGGCAGAACCAAGUGCAUGAAGCAGUCCCGCCGAGCAAUGGAAAGCAGUUCACGGAAGUGCAACAACUGGUAGCCCUCAAGCAAAAUCUGCGCGACAAAGCAUUACGGCUCCAAAGGUCCAGGAAAGAGGUGAACGAGAAGCUAGCGCUGCUGCUGCCGGCUCACAAGAACAAACCGAAAAUGGUUGUCAAGAGCGUUCCUUUUACUUUCCUAAUGGCCGAGCAGGAGGCGAAGAACAACGGUUGCGUAAAGCUCGAUGAAGCCGGCGACAUCUUCAUCAGUUUGGACAAGCUGAAUGAGCUGAAAUUGGAUCCCAAGAUUACGCGCGCUUCCAAAUAUGCCAAAUCUUUAAUGAAGGCCAUUAUGGACCAUGAGAACCUUGCCAUUGCGUACAAUCACAAGCAGAAGGGUGUCGGUCUGGCUAAGGUGCUGGGAAAAAACAACUGGCUUGCAUUCUGGAAUCACGUGAAAUUGCAUCAGCGUCGAAUGAUCAAAAAAGACCCGGCAUCCCGAUGGACUGAGACCCUGGACGUGGAAAAGAUCCAGGGAAAGCUGCGGAAAAGCUAUAGCGACCGCAUUCGCACUUUUGCGGAAAUGGAGAAGCUGUUUUCUUAAGGUUUUAGAUUUUCGGGUUUUGGACACGCUUUUUUCAAUAUACAGCCGACUGCGACAUUUCAUUUAUUUUAAUUUGAUUGUAUCAUAAUGUGCUGCGUGGUUUUAUUUUGGCAUUUCAGUGGAGUGGUUGUGUUCUUGUUUGAGAAGGGUGAAUUAUUUUCUUUUUACAGUGUACUUGUAUUCAGUAUGCAGCGUUAAUUUUUAAUUUUGUUUCGGUUAAGGUUGUUAUUUGUCAGUUGAUUCAAUACUGCUCUUGAUUAACA